UGCCCGGAAGCUCGCUGUGUUGCACAGCUGGACAAUAAUACGGAAGUGGGAAUCAGCUGACGCUGUUGCUCACGCUGUCGGCUGCAGAAGAGAGAGAUAACGUGCUUUUGUCAUGGAGGACCAAGAAAUGCAACUAAAAGUUAGAAGAGUGAGUGACAAAUUCACGGAGAGCAUGUACGUUCUGGCCAACGAGCCGUCAGUGGCUCUCUACAGGCUGCAGGAGCACGUCAGGAGGUCCCUGCCCGAGCUGGUGCAACACAAGACAGACAUGCAGAGCUGGGAAGAACAGAGUCAGGGGGCCAUCUACUCUGUAGAGUAUGCAUGCAGUGCCGUGAAAAGCAUGACCAACAGCAGUGUGUAUUUCAAAAACAUUGACAGCCUUCUUCGACAAGCCAUCACCAUGAAGGAACAGAUUAGUAACAGUCAUGGACGCAGACAAAAUGAUGAGACUUCAUCUCCCGGCCCCCCUGUUCCUGCCGCCCAAACCUCAUCUGCUUCCUCAUGAACGUUGGACAGAUGUGUCCAAGGAAACGGACUAUGGACCCAGGAAUGUUGAAGGAAGGGGGGGAGAGGCACAGCUCUGGGAUGUAACGCGACAUCCUGAGUUGGCCUCGACGUUCUCUUGCACGUCUACCAUUCGACUGCGGCUGAAGUGGGGUCAAGGGGAGACAACCAAGCAUCACAAUGAAGCGACCCCCCCCUCCACCACCACCCAUCUGCUAAAGCACAAGUCACUCUGUGGAGCGGGGUACCCCAGCACUGCCAGCUUCAGCAUUAGAAACACUGAAGUCAUGGCUGCUCAAAGAAUGCAUUGUUCUCUGAAACUGGACGGCAGGAUUAGAGGAAAAGCAGCAGCGCUGGUAUGCCUCUGUUGCUGAAAAUCCACUUUAACAGCGUUGCUGUGGAUGCUAGUUUUCAUUUUUAUGGGGUUUUUUUAGGUACAGAUAGAUGUCUAUAGACGAUCAGACAUGUCAGAUUUAGGGAUAGAUGCUUUAACAGCAAAUACUAGUAACUGAACGUUGUGAAAAUGUACUGUUGGUUUUCUUUCCAUUGUCCUUACCUGCCAAAUAGACAGACACCCCCAGGCAGAAUAGUCCAAUAGCCACAUGCCGUACAGCUCUGCUAUCCAGAAGGAACCAGUCGGCUCUGUUGAAAGAGAUCCCAUUUCAGCACCCAUGUUUGCACUCUUUUUUUUUUUUUUUGAUGCUCCGUUAAUAAAGAUGGAACAUUAUCUUUGUGUUGAUGCAUUUGUUUUCCCAGAAAAGUUUAUCUUGUCUGUUGUAAACAUGCGAUUUCUGGUUAUUUGCUUGUUUUUAGACAUGCAUACUGUGACACAAGUAAUUAUUUCUCCUUUUAUUCACCAAAGCCUGGACCAGGGAGGUCCCAGGCUUUGGUGUUGAUACUGACGUGGGAAGGGCCAGCUAGAGGCCGUGCGCUGGGUGCAUAAUAAGAGGAAGGCCAUUGUUUAGAUGGGAUCCGUUGUGUGUGUGUUUCUGCUUUCUGGCACACAAGCUAGCCCCUCUUUUUUCCUUUUUUUUUUUUUUU